AUGGAGAUGAGAAGAAUGUGUUUUUUUUCAUUAAAGAAAAAUAUGAGCCAUUGUGAGGAGGCACCAAAAAGUGAAAGUACACAAGCCCCGUUUGAAGAAUCCAACGGAGGGAAAAAUAACGAUUCUAUUCUUGACGUUAUAAAAAAAAUUCCCAUAAAUCCAUUUAUUGAUAGUAAUGAAGAUUUAAAUAAGUAUAAGUAUGGCAUAGAAAAAAAGGAAAUACAAAGAUACACAGGAGUGCAAAUAUAUGAUGAAGAAGACGAGAAAGAUUACAAAAAAAAGAAAACAAUUGACUAUCCAUUUCCUCUUAGUAAAAAUGUUAUAUUCGAAAAAAACAAAAUAAACAAAUCAGAAGACCGUAUAAAUAUAAAUUAUAGUAACAUAGCCUGUGACUUAUACCCAGAAGAAGGAUACAAGACACCAAAUAAAGAAAAACAUUUUUCUUCAGAUUGGGAAAUGUUAUUAGCAAAUAAUCAUGGCUUGUACAAUUUUAAAAACACAGAUAAUAAUACAAUUGUUAGUAGAGAUAUGUAUUCAUUAAAUACGGAAAAUGAUAUUAGAAAUAAAUUAAAUUUAUAUGUAGAAAGAAUAAAUGUUGAUAACCCUAACGAUGCUUGUAAAUAUUUAGCUAUAGAGGAGUACAAAUGUUUAUUAACACAUUCUUUUCAUAUGAAUCCUACUGCCAGUAAUCAAAAAUGUGUUAAGUGGUUUAAUGAAUAUAUGCAGUGCAAAUGGGACGAGCACAAGCUAAAUUAUGGAUAUAAUUAUAUUGAAAAUAGGAGAAAUAAAAAAUCAAAGGCUUAUAUUGCGGCCCCUGAUUAUCAGUACUCUUAA